UACAGUACCACGGAGCCUGCAAGUGUCCUGAGCUGCUCAGAGCCGGGCGGCACAGCCCAGGGCAGACGAGGCGGCUGCGAAGAUUCCAAGGGUUCUGCUGGAAAUUCGGCACUGGGGACCCCAGCAGGAGCCUGUUGCCUUUGUGUUCUAAAAGCACGCCAGGUCUGUAUAGCUUGGGCAUGAGAAUCUUUCAGAAGAUGUCAGAGCAUCAGAAUAAAUAACACCUACUGGGAAAUUGAGUUUGGGUUCAAAAGAAAGAGAAAAGAGAAAAGAAAGACAGCGGGAGAAGAAAUUCUUAGACAACGUCUGACUUGCAGCUGUGAAUUUCAUUUUCGUUCCAAGGCAAAAUAUGAAAAGCCCGCACAUGGUUGUGAUAACAACAAAUUAAAGAGAAUUCUGCAGUGAAAGGAUCAAUAGCUUAGUCAUUUUACUCAACAAGAGCAGGCAGCCUUAUUAUGGGGUUAGGCAGCAGAAAUGAAUUUCCUCAUGACAGCACCUUCUGAAGUCAUGAUGGUAGCUAAUGAUAAUCCUGUCCUGCAAAGCAGAAAUCGUUUGUUGUCUGCCUACUUUUGCAGUUGAAAACCAGCAAUUCUGAGAUUCGGGAGAGAAGUUGGCUUUGGUAAUACAUGGUUUCUAGCCCCUCUGCCCAGGUCUUUGUCCGACACGUCUCAGAAGGCAGCACUGCGUUAACGUGACCACACAUGAAUAUGUGCCUAAGAAAGAAGAAAAAGCAAUAUUCAUUUUUAAAGGACAGCAUGGCAAAGCAGCCUGAAGUUUUCCACUUCCCUUCUAACACUUCUUUAACAAGGAUAACAAGAAACUGUCUUUUGACUCCUCUGUUCUCACAUUCCAGAGUCCUUCCUGCGAGGAUGCAUUAAUUGACACUGUAGGCAGUUGGAUUUUACCAGGACAUUAUUUGCCACCAUUUAGGAUUAGUGAUUGAACUGGUUAUUUUAGUGUUCUGCCUACAUAGUGGAACCUAAUGGAUGGACCCAUCCCUGCAGUGCUCUGUGAUAUUUCUUUCUUCAAAUCCUGGAAGGGCUUUUGUUGUUGCUCUUUGUUUUUUGGGGGGGAUUUCUUUGGAAUUUAAUACUUGUUGCAAUAAUUGCCCAUGAUAGCUGCUCAAAACAGGAGAGUUGGAAUUCUUCUCUGAAAGCCACUCAUGAAACAUAUGAGACAAGGAAAAUAUUAAUGACAGAAGAUCUGCAAAUAUGAUGCACGUGAAUAAUUUCCCCUUUAGAAGGCAUUCCUGGAUAUGUUUCGAUGUGGACAAUGGCACAUCUUCGGGACGGAGUCCCUUGGAUCCCAUGACCAGCCCAGGAUCUGGGCUAAUUCUCCAAGCAAACUUUGUUCACAGUCAACGUCGAGAGUCCUUUCUCUAUCGAUCUGACAGCGAUUAUGACCUCUCUCCAAAGUCUAUGUCCCGAAAUUCCUCCAUUGCUAGUGAUAUACAUGGAGAUGACUUGAUUGUGACUCCGUUUGCUCAGGUCUUGGCCAGUCUUCGAACUGUAAGAAACAACUUUGCUGCAUUAACAAAUUUGCAAGACCGGGCACCAAGCAAACGAUCACCCAUGUGCAACCAACCAUCCAUCAACAAAGCCACCAUAACAGAGGAGGCCUACCAGAAACUGGCCAGCGAGACCCUGGAGGAGCUGGACUGGUGUCUGGACCAGCUAGAGACCCUGCAGACCAGGCACUCCGUCAGUGAGAUGGCCUCCAACAAGUUUAAAAGGAUGCUUAAUCGGGAGCUCACCCAUCUCUCUGAAAUGAGUCGAUCUGGAAAUCAAGUGUCAGAAUUUAUCUCAAACACAUUCUUAGAUAAGCAACAUGAAGUGGAAAUUCCCACUCCUACUCAAAAGGAGAAGGAAAAAAAGAAAAGGCCAAUGUCUCAGAUCAGCGGGGUGAAGAAGUUGAUGCACAGCUCAAGCUUGACUAAUUCAAGCAUCCCAAGGUUUGGGGUUAAAACAGAACAAGAAGAUGUCCUUGCCAAGGAACUAGAAGAUGUGAACAAAUGGGGUCUUCAUGUUUUCAGAAUAGCAGAGUUAUCUGGUAACCGACCUUUGACUGUUAUCAUGCACACCAUUUUCCAGGAACGGGAUUUAUUAAAAACAUUUAAAAUUCCAGUAGACACUUUAAUUACAUACCUGAUGACCUUGGAAGACCAUUACCAUGCAGAUGUAGCCUACCACAACAAUAUCCACGCUGCAGAUGUAGUCCAGUCAACACACGUGCUGUUGUCUACACCUGCUCUGGAGGCUGUGUUUACAGAUUUAGAAAUUCUCGCAGCAAUUUUUGCCAGUGCAAUACAUGACGUAGAUCAUCCUGGUGUGUCAAAUCAGUUUCUGAUCAAUACAAACUCUGAACUUGCCUUGAUGUACAAUGAUUCUUCUGUCUUGGAAAACCAUCAUUUGGCUGUGGGCUUUAAGUUGCUUCAGGAAGAAAACUGUGACAUUUUCCAGAACUUGACCAAAAAGCAAAGACAAUCAUUGAGGAAAAUGGUCAUUGAUAUCGUUCUCGCAACAGAUAUGUCAAAACACAUGAAUCUACUGGCUGAUUUGAAAACUAUGGUUGAAACUAAGAAAGUGACAAGUUCUGGAGUUCUUCUCCUUGAUAAUUAUUCUGAUAGGAUUCAGGUCCUUCAGAAUAUGGUGCAUUGUGCAGACCUGAGCAACCCAACCAAGCCUCUGCAGCUGUACCGUCAGUGGACUGACCGCAUAAUGGAGGAGUUCUUCCGCCAAGGAGACAGAGAGCGGGAGCGGGGCAUGGAGAUAAGUCCCAUGUGUGACAAGCACAAUGCCUCUGUGGAAAAAUCACAGGUGGGCUUCAUAGACUAUAUUGCUCACCCUCUCUGGGAGACAUGGGCAGACCUAGUACAUCCUGAUGCCCAGGACAUUUUGGACACUUUGGAGGACAAUCGUGAGUGGUAUCAGAGCACAAUUCCUCAGAGCCCCUCUCCAGCACCUGAUGACCCGGAGGAGGGCCGGCAGGGCCAGACGGAUAAGUUCCAGUUUGAACUGACUUUAGAGGAAGACGGUGAGUCAGACACCGAAAAAGACUGUGGAAGUCAGGUGGAGGAAGACACCAGCUGCAGUGACUCCAAGACUCUCUGUACUCAAGACUCGGAGUCGACUGAGAUUCCUCUUGACGAACAGGUGGAAGAGGAGGCAGUCGGGGAGGAGGAAGAAUGCCAGCCUGAAGCCAGUGUCGUGGAAGAUCAUUCUCCUGACACGUAACAGUGCAAAGUCAUUCACCUCCCCCGACCCCUACCCCUUUUUUUUUAAGUAGAAAAAUUGUUUCCAAAGUGCAUGUCACAUGCCACAACCGUAGUCACACCUCACUGUCAUCUGCCAGGACGUUUGUUGAACAAAACUGACCUCGACUACUCAGUCUGGCGCUCAGGAAUAUCGUAACCUGUUUUUCACCUCCACGUCAUCGGAGUGAAGGGGACAUCUUCAUGAACAGCAUUUGAACCUGAUUGCAGCUCAGUAGAGCUGACAUAGCAGAGAAAUCAACUCCCAAGGGUUUUCCAGUAAGAGUGGCUCAUCCAGCAGCCCAAAAGGUGAUGAUAGGAUUUGGGAUUUCUCUUCUUUCUAUUUGUUUGCGAUAUUUCCAACAUAACGCAUUAUGCAGAGUGAAGUAACAGAUGAAACCGCAGAUGAGUCAGGAACAGGACAAAGGUGGAACUGUUACCAGGAGGAAGAUGAGCCACAGAAAUUGCAUAAUUUUCUAAUUUCAAGUCUUCCUGAUACAUGACUGAAUAGUGUGGUUCAGUGAGCCAACACUGACCUCUACAUUUUGUAUGAUAUGUAAAACAGAUUUUUUGUAGAGCUUACUUUUAUUAUUAAAUGUAUUGAGGUAUUAUAUUUAAAAAACUAUGUUCAGAACUUCAUCUGCCACUGGUUAUUUUUUUCUAAGGAGUAACUUGCAAGUUUUCAGUACAAACCUGUGCUACACUGGAUAAAUCUAAUUUACAAAUUUUACUUGCACCUAAGAGUUCAUAGCAAUUAACUGAUUUGUAGUGAUUCAUUGUUUUAUAUACCAAUGACUUCCAUAUUUUCAAACAAAAAACUUAUGUUGCAGGAAACCCUUUUUUGUAGGACUUCAUUUACUUUGCUUUUUAUUUGACUCUUCAGAUAUGCAGAGUUGCUCUCCACUCACAUUUCUCUUCACGGUGUGCAAAGUGAACAUUUGUUUCGUAAUAGUUCAGUGUGUGUUCUGUCUAAUGUGUCUUAAAACCUAAUGGACACUCAAUCAUCAGUUGGUGUUGUCUGAAGCAAGUGAGAGAUAUAUAAAUACCCAGUAGCUAGAAUGGUCAGUCUUUUUUAGAUCUUUUCCUACUUAGUGUCUUCUGAUAACUUUUUGCUGUGUCUAUAGAUCCUCAUCUCACAAAUGCAUGUCUUUGUAAUAACCCACACAUUUCAUACUCAUUUUCAUGGGUUCUUACAGUCAGUUACAGUAAGGAUAACUUUUCCCCCCUUGUGCUGCUUCAUUAUUUUAGCGUGUUUGAGCCUCUGUCCACAUUCUCUAGAUGGGGUCUUAUCAAAUAUAUCACCACCAUUCUGAUUGUUGAGGAAACAGAUAGUCAAGUUAGGGUUAGCAUUCAUUUUUACCAUGAGAUCAUAUAUAAAAUGACUAGCAUUUUACUCUUGGUUUACAGAGAAAAGUUAGCUAGCUAGGCAGUUUCUAAAAAUAUUGGCAGAAUAUAUUUUAAAAAAAACACACCAAUACAGUUCUCUUGUUUCUGUGACUUCACUAUGGGAUUAAGAUCUUUGUAAGAAAUACUCGAGGAAUGUUAUUAAGCUUGAUGGAUAACCACAUCUACAUGUAGGAGUUGUAGUAUCAGUUCUCAUUGGUUCAUAGCACGUCUUACAAAGGAGAAUUUCUUUAAAUACUCUGAGAGGGAAAAGGUGAUGAUGCCACUGGUACCAGAGGUUUGGUAAUACAAUGUUGUCCUAAAACACCAGGUUGAGUAAAGAUUUUGUUUAAAUAGAGAUCACCUAGGUCUGGAGAUACAGCUCACACAUGCUGUCAUACUCUCUCCCUCCUCCAUCGCUAUGCUACACCCUUUGCUCUCUCUUUCUUCCUCUCUCUCUUUCUCUCUCUCUCUCUCACACACACACACAGAAAAAUUACAGCUCAUUUUUUGUUAAAUAUAGCACCAAUAAUGGAAUUUAUGAUUUUAGAUGUUCAUUCCUAGUAUUUACCUUCAGUUGGAAUCUUGAGGUGUUGUAUUUAGUUUCGUGUUUAUUCCCAUCCAACUCUUAAAAUAUGUCCCUUUUCUGAGGAGUUUGAACUCCACAUGGUCAUUAUUUAUAUUAGAGUCCAUGAAUUGAAAUGGAGACUACAGAACGGGGAUAUAUAACCACAUGGAAAAUAUAACCAAAAAGAAUUGUAACCCUGAAAAAUAUUUGUAAUCGGGGCUAUCUCAUAGAAACAUCCCUAAGGGUAAGUUCCUGUUUUAAUCCUCUGAGAUCUACUAAUGUCUAGAACCUUUGGUAGAAUUAUGUUGUCACUGGUCUUUUUCCUAGAACAGGAUAGAAAUCAACUAAAACAGAUUUUCUCCCAUAAGAAACAGUACUUAUUAAAAUUAAGGCCAGGUGAUUUCACAAGAAUACUUGGAAACUUAUUUCUGUUUUCAUUGUAUUUGUCUCUGGUGAAGAUGUAGAAGAAGCAACAAAGAACCUAAGGUUUAUUCCUUUUCCAAAAUAUUGUCAUUCUUUCCUAUCUCUGACACUUGGCAUUUCCCACAUAGAGUGCCUAGAAUCUUAAUAAAAACAAUUAAAAGCAAUAUGUCACAAAUACAAGACUGAAAUGGUUUAUAACUACACUAUAAAGGUUUUUUUUUCCCUUCCCCUCAAUAUUGGUUUUUAAUGGUAACGUGUUAUGAAGAUUCUCACUAAUGGACAAUCAAAUUGUAGUAAAGUCAUAAUAUUCUAGAGACAGGGACUAAUGCACUGUACAAUCCACUUAUGACACCUAGCCACAUCCCUCCCUCUUUUUCUCCCAUCUUUCCCCAAAGUGUGCUUCACAAUUAAUACAGUGUUUUAAGAACUUCUUCUUUACAGUGUCUUUACAUUUCCUAAAAUGCCAUAAGAAAAUGCAAUAUCUGGGUAAUGUAUGUGGGGGAAAAAAAGUCCAAGUUUGCAUAAAACCAGUACAUUUAGCUUGCAAGUUACUAACACAAUAAUGCUGUUUUAAUUUUCUUUUCUUUUACAUCACUUCAAGUUCACAAGAAAAUAAUGUAGAUAGAACAAAUCACAGACAAGGAAGAAAACUUGAAUGAAAUGGGUUUUACAGAAAGCUUUAUGAUAAUUUUUGAGUGCAUUAUUUAUUUUUUGUGCCAUGCAUUUCUUUUCUCACCAAAUGACCUUACCUAUAAUACAGUCUUGUUUGUCUGUUUACAACCAUGUAUUUAUUGUAAUGUACAUAUUGUAAUGUUAAUUGUAAAUUAUAAGUUCUUAUUAAAACAUCCCAGGAGGGGAUGGUGUUGAUAUAUUUGGGAACUCUUGGUGAGAGAAUGAAUGGUGUGUAUACAUACUCCUUGUAUAUUUUAUUUUCUCCUGUAAUAUAGUCUUGUCACCUUAGAGCUUGUUUAUGGGAGAUUCAAGAAAACUAUAAAAUACGUAAAGAUAUAUAAAUUUAAAAAACAUAGCUGCAGGUCUUUGGUCCCAGGGCUGUGCCUUAACUUUAACCAAUAUUUUCUGUUUUGCUGCAUUUGAAAGCAAGAUAACAGUGGAGUUAGGGCUGGGCAUUUUACCUCUGAGCUUUGACUUGUUUGGAUUUUACAAAAUUAUAGACAACCUUGGGAAGACCCCGAGACUCUGAGCUCUGGGGUCUGCUUCUUGGAAUGGAACAUUGCAUAAAAGAUAAUGUUUCCCCAUCUGUGAUCAGGAACCACUUUGGUUUCGUUACAUUUGAUUUUUAUUCACUGUCAAACACUACUGGGAAAAUUGAUUAUUGAUUGGUGAUUAUCAAAAAUCCUUUCGGCUACUAGAGCCAGAGAUCAGUGUGUGGUUGGGUUCUUUGUUCAUCAGCCCCCUGACAUGAGAAAGAAAAGCUCGUUCACGCUGGCAUGUUUCUUCAGCAAGAAUCAGUCAAUCCUCUUGGAUGGACAUCCAUAUUUUUAAAUACAAGGUUAUAUUUAAUGCUAGUUUACAUAGCAAAAUUCCCAUUUUUCAGAAUUUGUUUCUGCAAAAUUUUUAUCAAUUUAGAAUUUUAAAAAUUUAAGCUUGUGGAAUCAACAGAUCUCCAAAACUGAAAAUUUCCCAGUGGGUGUUAUGGACCCUCCCACAGCUGCCCAGCCCUGCAAAUACAGAGUGGAGGGAGAGAGCCUUUUUCUAGGUAAAAUGAGCCUCUUAUUAUUUUGGGUUUUUUUGUUUGUUUGUUUGACACAAACUGUAGAUUUUAGCAGCCCUGGCCCAAAGGAAUUUGAUUACUUUUGUUUUAAACAGUACAAAGGGGACACUAAUUACAAACAUCCUUACCGAUUUUAGUUCUUAAUUUUCUUUGGAGAUGUUUUCAGAGUGGUAAAUUGUGUGUGAGCAUAACAAAUGAUUCUUUUAGUGGUUUCUUAGCCUCUUACAGCCCAUGGGGAUAGUACUGUACAUCAAUACCUUCAUAUGAAAUUUUUAUAUGCAAUGAAAAUAAAAGCAUGGGUUGAUUCUGCCUA